AUGGUAGAAGGCAGAUGUGUGUAUGGAUUUAGAAACAGUAAACAGUUCGAUACAGCCAAAGCUGUCUGUGACUCACAAGGAACCCAACUGAUAGUUCUGAUGACUAAAGCUAAGCAGAAAGCAGCGUGGAAUGCUUUAGGCUCCGAUUUCAGUCAACAUUGGAUGGGACUAAAAAAGAAAGACAACAUUUGGCAAUGGCAAGACUCUGGUUCAUGGAUACAAAUGACGUCACCAAGAUGGGAGAAUCAAGAUGGGGGUGACUGUGGCCACACAAUGUCGUCUGAUAACAGGUUUUUAUGGAAAAUGGUGCCGUCACAAUCUUGGUACCGGCCAGUAUGUGAAGAAUUGACAGAGACAACACCAGCAGACCCGGCAACAGCGCCUACAACACUAGCAGACUCGGCAACAGCGUCUACAACAAGAGCAGACCCGUCAACAACGUCUACAACACCAGCAGACCCGUCAACAACGUCUACAACGUCUACAACACCAGCAGACCCGUCAACAACGUCUACAUCACCAGCAGACCCGUCAACAACGUCUAUAACACCAGCAGACUCGGCAACAACGUCUACAACAAGAGUAGACCCGUCAACAACGUCUAUAUCACCAGCAGACCCGUCAACAACGUCUAUAACACCAGCAGACUCGGCAACAACGUCUACAACAAGAGUAGACCCGUCAACAACGUCUACAACACCAGCAGACCCGGUAACAACGUCUUCAACACCAGCAGACCCGUCAACAACGUCUACAACACCAGCAGACCCGUCAACAACGUCUACAACACCAGCAGACCCGUCAACAACGUCUAUAACACCAGCAGACUCGGCAACAACGUCUACAACAAGAGCAUACCCGUCAACAACGUCUACAACUCCAGCAGACUCGGCAACAACGUCUACAACACCAGCAGAACCGUCAACAACGUCUACAACUCCAGCAGACUCGGCAACAACGUCUACAACACCAGCAGACCCGUCAACAACGUCUACAACACCAGCAGACCCGGUAACAACGUCUACAACACCAGCAGACCCGUCAACAACGUCUAUAACACCAGCAGACACGGCAACAACGUCUACAACAAGAGCAUACCCGUCAACAACGUCUACAACACCAGCAGACUCGGCAACAACGUCUACAACACCAGCAGACCCGUCAACAACGACUACAACACCAGCAGAGCAGCAACCUGUUUUAUCCGGUCAUUCAAUGUUCACGCGAGUUGACGUUUUAGAAAAUGUCAUCAAUAUGGACUCGAUCAGUGUAGUCAACAUUAGAUAUUGUAUUUUACGUUGUCUUCGUCGUCCAGACUGCACCGAUAUUGUGUACAAACCAAGCACGCUCAAUUGUAUUUUAACUAAACAAGUUCCAGCAGGGGAUAGGUUUGAUUGUAAUGACAACAACAAAUGUUUUACUAAAAAUAUGUAG